CUUCACCACCUCUAUUUUGGUAGCAUUGGUAAAUAUGUGAUGAUUUUAAACGACGCACAACAAACGAGCAACUAAACGAGACGAAAACAGCGAGCCCAGCGCCAAAAGGCCCAAGGAGAGGUAAUCCCACGGAAUGCAUACCACCGUAAGACCGGCCUUUGCGCGGAAGACCACGUCAACUCGCGAAUAGAACCCUAGAAAACACACACACCCACCCGCACACAGAAUGUAUUGCCUACAAUGCCUGCUACCCGUAUUACUGAUACCGAAACCCACGAAUCCGGCCCUAAUGGAAACCCACGUGAUGUUCAUAGUGCUGUACCUGGUGGGGUUCUUCCUGGAGCGGAAGCCCUGCACCAUCUGCAGCCUGGUAUUCCUCACAGCCGUGUCACUCAUAUGCUACAGUGGCGUCGGGAACUGCAUAUUUUGGGGGAACUGCGAGGGUCACCAAUGUGAGAAUGGCUAGAAGAUCAUCCCUCCCCAUUAUAGUUUCCCCCAAGUAGUCAUAGUCAACGAAGAGAUAAAGUGCUAAUAAUAAUAAUAAUAAUUAGAUACCUUACUUUGGAAUUACGUUCGCGUUGUUACAGCUUUACAUCCUAGAAAUCAGAUGAACCGGAGAAGAGGGAUACGGGAACUUGACUAAAUCGGUGAAAUCAGUGAUACAAGUGAUGAGUGAGUCCGACCAGGAACAAAGAUUGUGUGUUUAGAUCCAUUCAUAUUAUUUCCAGCUCCGCAUAUGUUUUCUUCAUAAUUCUUUUGGUUAUGAACUGUAAUUGUAUUCAAGCGUGUGUUUUGUUUUUAAGGCUUAGACGAAUUUAGUUUUAACGAGAGAAAGCGCUACGAAAACGUAUUGUACAUCACCCCACCCAAAAAAAAAACCCCUUAAAAUCAUUAUAACCCCUAUCUACCCCACUUGUCAAUGCAACUUACGAUUAGUCAUAUAUGUUAUAUAUAUAUAUAUAUUACAAAAAGUAAUUGUAAAAAAAAAUUAUGAAAAAAUCCAACAAUUUCACUGCGCAUCCUUGCUGAGCCAACGGAAUACACUGACAACGGUUGUAAUUACCCUGUCUUGUGCACGUGCAAACACUGUAUAUACAAGCAUAUAACUUACACAGUUCAAAACUUAUAUUAUAUACAUAAACUGUAAACGAGAGACAAGCACAAAAAUGUAAAAACGAGGAAAAUGCGGGAGAUUAAAACAUAUACAAAUAAUAUUGUUCGAAUUUUUGCGAGUUUGUAUGAUUUCAGCGGUAUCUCAAAAACCAAAGCGUGUCUGGAAAGGUAUUGAAAUAAAAUUUAAAUGAUGCUAAA